GCGUGCGUGGCCGCGGCGCAGGGGGCGGGCCCACGGCGCAAGGGGCGGGCCCUUAGCGCCGGAGGAGGAAGUGGUGCGGUUAUUGCUCUUUCUGCCCCCUCCGCUGGCUCCCAGGCGCGGAUAGGGGCUACUUUCUCCGCCGCUGCUUCGCGCUCCCCUUCUGUUCACCUCCAUGUGCUUCGGCGCCGUCGCUCCCCUUGCUCAGGCCGCCUCUUAUUCCGGGGUCUAUGGAAGUAAUGGAAGGACCCCUAAACCUGGCUCAUCAACACAGCAGACGAGCAGACCGUUUAUUAGCUGCAGGGAAAUACGAAGAGGCUAUUUCUUGUCACAAAAAGGCUGCAGCAUAUCUUUCUGAAGCCAUGAAGCUGACACAGUCUGAGCAGGCUCAUUUAUCACUGGAAUUGCAAAGGGAUAGCCACAUGAAACAGCUCCUCCUCAUCCAAGAGAGGUGGAAGAGGGCAAAGCGGGAGGAAAGAUUGAAAGCCCAGCAGAGCACAGACAAGGUUGCGGCUGCCCAGCUUCAGGCAUCUCACAAACCCUCGGCGGAGGACGCAGAGGGCCAGAGUCUCCUUCUCUCUCAGAAGUACAGCCCUUCCACCGAGAAACACCGGCCUGAAACUCAGGGGAUCUUUGACAGGGAUCCAGACACAUUACUGUUUUUACUUCAGCAGAAAAGUGAGCCGACAGAGCCAUGCAUUGGAAGCAAAGCCCCAAAAGAUGAUAAAACAAUUAUAGAAGAGCAGGCAACCAAAAUUGCAGAUUUGAAGAGGCAUGUGGAAUUCCUUGUGGCUGAGAAUGAAAGAUUAAGGAAAGAAAAUAAACAACUAAAGGCUGAAAAGGCCAGGUGUCUAAAAGGCCCAGUAGAAAAGGAGCUGGAUGUAGAUGCAGAUUUUGCAGAGUUAUGGAGCUUGCCACCACAUUCAGAAACUGCUACAGCCUCUUCAACCUGGCAGAAGUUUUCAGCAAAUACUGGGAAAGCCAAGGAUAUUCCAAUACCCAAUCUUCCUCCCUUGGAUUUUCCGUCUCCAGAACUUCCCCUUAUGGAGCUCUCUGAGGAUAUUCUGAAAGGACUUAUGAAUAAUUAAAAUAGAAGGCCAUAGAAGAGGUGAGAAGAGGAAAUAAUACACUUCAGGAAAAAAAAAAAAAGAGAGAAAGAAAAAGGGAAAACCACAUGCAGGGGUAAUCCCGGAGAUGCUUCAUCAUCUGGCAUCUUGUGGACAAGAGGCAUUGCCAGGACUUGGAAAACAGUCACUGUGAAAUACGUUGCAUAUCUGAUUUACUGACUCGAGCUAAUGAUUCCAGAUUUAGCAGACACUAAACUAUUGGAGGUUCACUUUCUCCUGAUAAAAACCAAAUGGCUACCUGGAAUAAUUUUUUCAAGCAACAGUUAUUUUUCUUAUCUUCAGGGUUAAAAUGUAUAAAAGUAUGUUAUAUGUAAUUAAUCUAUAAUGCCAUAAAUGAUAAUGCAAAACCUAAAUAAUAUGGUGGCCCGAGGGGCUGCCUUGUAUUUGAAACAUGCUUUCUAUCAUGCAUUGACUGUAUGCAUUUUGUUAUGCACAUUUCAUUUGUUUAAUAAGGUGUGUAAGACACACCUUUCUAGAUGAAACUCUGUGUGCCACACUUUGCACUACUCAUAACAUAAUGAUAACCUCAAAACUAUCAGGAGAAAUAUUUAAAUUUCCAUUUUAUGAAGAACCAAAUUAUUAGUUAUGCUUUUUUUAAAAAUUACCAGUUUACAUAAUUAAUCAGGGUGCAUUUUAAGUUCUAACUUUUUUUGUUUAUUGUAUAAUGCAUCAUUUGAAAAUACCAAGGAAAUGUCCUUUUGUUUUUAAUGAUGCAUGAGUGGAAGUAAUGCUAGUUGGCAGUAUUUGAUUGUAAGAAAUCAAUAAAGUAAUUGUGUUUUAUACCUUUGUUGCAUGUGGUCGGUAAUUAAAAAACAAGUUUUAUAUG